AUGUCGUGUGUGGGACGCCACAGUGUCCAGUGUGCAGCGUGUAAACCCAGCCUGUUCAAACAGGGACGCAGCUGUGUAGAGACCUGUGGUGACAGAACCAUUACAAGUUCUUUACUUCUCUCCCUUUCUGUAAGUCACUUCGGCAACACCACCACCGGGACGUGCGAUCGGUGUGACCCGUCGUGUGGCAAGUGCAGCGGUAGGGGCAGCGGGGACUGCCUUAACUGCCGUGACGGGUACCUUUACCUGAAGCAGUCGGGCCAAUGCCUCCAGACGUGCCCCACUAACUACUUCCCCGACACCAGAGCCAAAAUCUGCCGCAAGUGCCACCCCACCUGCAAGACCUGCAAAGAUGAGGGAGCCCUGUUCUGUAAGUCGUGCUUCGAGGGCUUCAGGUUUUUUGGAGGGAUAUGUGACUCGCCCUGUCUCGUAGGACUUUACGCUGCUUCAGCCAAAUGGGGCUCGGAUCCACAGUGUGAGAAUUGUGACCCGUCCUGUCUGGCCUGUAAGGGACCUGGUCAGUGGAAUUGCACUGUGUGCCCCGCCAGCCAGCUCCUGGCUGACGACGGCCGCUGCCUGUCCUGCUGCGGCAACGAGACCCGACACGACGGCAGCCCCCUCCCCUGGGAGUGCUGUGACUGCCGGGCAUCGAACAUGGAGUGCGUCUUUGGGGUGAACUUUGUGUUCCGGGGCAUCGAGGAGCUGCCAGAGGGGCAUCCCAAGCUCUUCAUUCUGGCCACCGUGCUCCUGGUGUCGGCCCUGGGUGCCGCUGUCUUCCUGUUCCUCCGCACGCGCUCCAAAGCCGGCGCCGGCUUACCUCAGACGAAGGCCAAUGGCUACAAGAAGCUGGGCGCCAAUGGGGACUGGGCUGGGUCAGGCUUAGACCCCGCUUCCUCCUUCGGCGACUACAGCGACCGCAUCGUUGAGGAUGACGGGGAGGAAGAGGAUGACGAUAAUGAAGAUAUUGUGUAUAUGGGUCAGGAUGGUACAGUGUAUCGGAAGUUUAAGUAUGGACUCCUGGAGGAAGACGAGGAGAUUGAGAUGGAGUAUGACGACGAGAGCUAUUCCUUCAGAUGAAGAGGAAUGUAAACACAACCAGAAACCCUCAGGCAGACCCACCACUUUGACACAAUAUUUAUUACCUUCUGUGGUAGUGAUGUAUCCCAAGAUGUUUACACACACACACCUCUAAAAUGUUUACUGACCUCGAUAAUGAAGAUCAAAAUAUUUGACACAGUAGUGGGGCUUAAUAUGAGGGUCUUUGAGGGAAUUUCUUAAAUAAUGCAUUGUGAUUUUUGUCAGUCAUUAAGUUUGCGUCUAUGAAUCACAGAAUUUCCACAUUUCUUUUAGACAUGCAGGUUGGUUUGACAUUUUAAUUUGGACUUCUAAGGGUUAGUUUGUUAUUUUAUUUCACUAUUGAAGUCCAAGCACUUUGUAAUCAAUAUUGCGAGACAAAUGAGACAGAGGCUGAUCACAUCACUGAGAGAUUCACCCAUGCACUGCUAAAGGGACUGGAAGAUAGAUGUGAAAAUAUUUUUAUGUAACUUUUUUUAUUAUAGAAUUGGAGCUCAUAAAAAUACUUUAUCUCCCUGAGUUUUUGCAUCCCAUGCAUGUGAAAGAGUAGUGUUGAUUUUAUAAUAAUCAGAAAGAUCAUUUUCUCUCUUUGUUAAGGUGAAUCAAUGUUUACUUGAAUAAAGUUGGAGUUACUGUGAGAAUGUU